GGGGCUCACCCCAUCUAGAAAGGUGACUGAGUUACCCUGCUUCGGUUCUUUCCCCCCUCUCUCUCCCCCUGCCCCCUUCCACCUGCCCUCCUCCGAGAUGUCCAAUAUGAACACUAAUGUCUGUGUGGAAAAUGGACAGAACCCAGAGGCUGCCGUUCUCCCCAAGGAUAACCUGGUGGAGGGGGCUCUGAAUAGCCUCAUGGAUUACAACUCGGAAAUGGAACGCUAUAGGUCGUUUGCAACCUUUUACAAAACCAAUGGAGCCUUCCCCCAGGCUGCUAAGAUUGCCAGGAUCACCACCCCCAUCUUCCCCAGUGCCCGGAUCGGCAUGUCCCCCUGGAACUGCGAUAAUGCAAUGCUCUGGGGGAGGAAAUCCGCCGCUAUCAACCCUAAUAGGACCAGCAUGCACAGAAACGACUCCCAGAGGCUGGGGAAGCCUGGCGGGGCGCCAGAGUCGUUGCAAAUGGCAAAUAAUAAUUUCCUUUCCACCUUAUCCCCUGAACACUGCAGACCUUUGGCAGGGGAAUGCAUGAACAAGCUGAAAUGCGGCGCCGCUGAAGCAGAGAUAAUGAAUCUCCCCGAACGCGUUGGAACUUUUUCCGCCAUUCCGGCUCUAGGGGGCAUCUCAUUACCUCCAGGGGUCAUCGUCAUGACAGCCCUUCACUCCCCCGCAGCAGCCUCGGCAGCCGUCACAGACAGUGCGUUUCAAAUUGCCAAUCUGGCAGACUGCCCGCAGAAUAAUUCCUCGGGAGCCGGCGGGAACCCUGCCAAGAAGAAAAGGAAAAGGUGUGGGGUCUGCGUCCCCUGCAAGCGGCUCAUCAACUGUGGAGUCUGCAGCAGCUGCAGGAACCGCAAAACAGGACACCAGAUCUGCAAAUUUAGGAAAUGUGAGGAGCUUAAGAAAAAGCCGGGCACUUCACUAGAGAGAACACCGGUCCCCAGCGCUGAAGCAUUCCGAUGGUUCUUUUAAACAGUUAUAUAUAUGUUGUUUUCAAGGCACUCUGAAGUGAAUAACAAGCACUGGUCUUGUUUUGGGAACUGCAAAGUCCAUGACUGGAGAAUAUACUGAGACACUAUUUUCUUUGAUGUACAGGGGUUUCCUCAAAAAUCUGAAUAUAUACAUAUUAUAUAUAAAAACAAACAAAAAAAAAGAUUUCACUUGGGCCUAAGGUUUGGCUGGUUUACUUAAGUUUAAUAAACAGGUUCUUUCUUUAAUGUAAUUUAGUUGUAAUUAACAGUACAAUUGUUGUCUACUUUAAAGUGACUGGAACAGGAACAAUUUGGGUAAACCUUUGCUGUAAGAUGAUGUAACUUUGAAAAAUAACAUAUCUAAACUUAAUUUCCAAAUAUGUGUUUCAGUACUGUAAACUGUACAGAUAGCAGCUUGUAUUUUGUGCGUU